UUAUGGAGUUACCCAAAUACUCUGGAACAAUUCAUCCUCAAGAAUGGUUAAAACAAGUACUAAUUUUUUGUUAUUUUAAACAAAUUAAAGAUGAUAAAGAAGUCUUAAAUAUUUGUAAAACUAUGAUAAAUUCCACCAUAAUAAUUCCUAACGUAAAUGAAAUUAAAUCUUUUGAAGAACUUAUUGAAGCUCUUAAAUUACAUUCAACCUUUAAUACUUUUAAAAUUUCAUGCAAAAGAAAAUUACAAAUGAUGAAAUUCAUUCCUGAACAACAUGAUGAUAUUGCAACAUUCCUUGCUAACUUUCAUUCACUUUGUAAUGAUGCGGAAAUUAAUGAUCAUGAAGAAAUCAUAACCCUGCUUAUUAAUUCAUAUUCAAACUACUUCUUUAAAAGUGAAUUUAUAAAAAGAGUGGAGGGUAUUAAUUCUGUAGAUG